GGUGCUUGGGUUGUGAUGGAAACACACGGCAACAAAUUCCUUUAUACUUUCUUCUCUUUUUCCUCUGCGUGCACCAGAGCGGUGAAAUCCAUUCUUUACUUGCAACUAUCAUCAGCAUCAUCAUCGUUUAUUUAUAGGCUGCACUUUCUUCAAACUAACUUUGAUGCAGAAUGGAUGCAGUUGACGAGGAGUAUCUCAAGGAAAUAGAGAUAGCUCGACGUGAACUUCGUUCUUUCAUCACCAACAAUAAAUGCGCCCCUCUCAUUAUUCAACUAGCGUGGAACGAUGCUGCAACGUAUGAUGCCAGAAGCAGAACAGGAGGCCCCAAUGGUUCUAUUAGAUUCAUCACUAAACACGAAGCAAUCAAGGAACUGCAAAAAGCAGUUCAAUACUGUGAUAUAGUGAAGCACAGACUUAAACUUAAGAAGGUUUCAUACGCAGACCUUUACCAGCUUGCUGGUGUUGUUGCAAUAGAGGUUACACAGGGUCCAAUUAUUGACUUUGUUCCUGGGAGAAAGGAUUCAAAUGAAUCUCCACGAGUCCAAGCACACUUUCUAAAUGGUGAAGAAGAUGCAAGGAGUUUAAGGAGAAAAUUUUCACGCAUGGGACUAAGUGAAGACGAAGACAUAGUAGUUCUAUGUGGAGGCCACGCUUUGAUAAGAGCUAUGCAUCCAAAAGUAGCAAUGAGAGAGACACCUAAGGGUGAGACGCAUGAAGAUCGCAGCAAGUUCGAAGAAAGAAAAUGGACAAAGGAACCUUUGAAGUUUGAUAACUCCUAUUUUAAGGAACUACUGAGUAAGGGUGCAUCCUUUUCGAGGCUUCCCAUGGACUCUGCUUUAGUAGAGGAUCAAAGAUUUUAUCACUAUGUUGAACGGUAUGCUAAGGAUGAGGAUAUCUUUUUUAAAGAAUAUGCAAUUUCACAUAAGAAACUCUCAGAGCUGGGCUUCGAUCCCCAAAAUCUAAACAAGUCCAAGGGACUAUAUCAGAAGCUAAAUCAACACAGGGGACUCGUAGGAAUCGGUAUAAUAUCAGUUGCGGUGGCCGGAAUAUUAGGUUACUUACAUAAGAAGAAGAAAAAUCAAUUGAAAGAUUGAUCCAAAAUUGGAGUUUGAGCUUGUUAUCAUCAUCAUCUUCU